AUGCCUAUGGCUCUCGCGGCGCUGCCCAAAGCCUUCGGGCUCCCCGUAGAAACACGCAAGGGACUUUUUCCCCAUUUAUUCAAUACGCCGGUGAAUCGCGGCUACGUUGGCCCGCUACCAUCGGCCGAAUAUUAUUCGCCGGACAGCAUGGGGACCGCGGAACGAACAGCAUUCCACGCGUGGUACAACGAGGCUGUGGAAAGUAACUAUGUAUUCGAGUUCGACAAGGAGCUGAUCGAUUAUUGCCGAAGCGACGUUGACAUUCUUCGAAGAGCCUGUUCGGCGUUCAGAGAUAUUUUUCUCACGCAGGGGGGUGUCUGUCCGUUCUCGCAAAGCACCACCAUCGCGUCUGCGUGUUCGGUGCUAUUUCGGCAGAAUUUCCUGCAAGACAAUACCAUCGGGAUUAUACCGUCUCGCGGGUAUCGGAUGACCGACAAUCAGUCCACCAAGGCGGUCGAGUGGCUCGUCUGCAAAGAACGCGAAAUCGGUAUAGAGAUAAUGCACGCGGGUCGCUGCAGGGAGUAUCGUAUCCCGGAAACGGGUCGCCCUGUGGACGGUUACUACGUGACCGAGGAUGGCACCAGACACGUGCUCGAAUUUCAGGGGUGUUACUGGCACGGAUGCCGAAAUUGUUUCACAGCGAAUCGCGACGAAGAACUGGUAGCUAAGGAUUGCAUGAAUAAGCGCUUCGAGGAAACCCGCGCGAAGACCGUCAGAAUGCGUGCACUCGGUUACGUCGUGACGGAGAUGUGGGAGUGCGUUUUCGCCGAGAUGCUGAAGAACGACGCGGAACUGCGAGCGUACGUGGAGCAACACCCGUUGAUCGUCGCGAGAAACGAAAAGUGUUUAAAUCCUCGCGAUGCGUUCUUCGGCGGUCGUACGAACAACACGAAACGGUUCUACGAGGUUGCCGAGGGGGAGCGAAUUCGCUAUGUGGAUGUUUGCUCCCUGUAUCCGUGGGUAUGCAAAAACGGGCGGUACCCCGUUGGACAUCCCAAGGUGCACGUGGGGGAUUUCUGUAAGACGUUGACAGGGCCCGACAACGCGAAUCUAGACGCGGUAGAGGGCCUCGUGAAAUGCGUCGUGCUUCCGCCGCGAAAUCUCUACCACCCGUUGCUGCCGGUCCGCAUGCACGGCAAAUUGAUGUUUCCAUUGUGUCGCACGUGUUGCGAGAAUUCGACACCCGACGAUUGCCCGCAUGCGAACGAAGCCGACCGCUGGUUGAGCGGUACAUGGGUGUCGGAUGAAUUGAAAAAAGCGAUCACCCUGGGUUACAGAAUUGUCGAUGUCAGCGAAAUAUGGCAAUACGAUAUCACUUCGUACGAUCCCGCGACGAAGCAAGGCGGUUUGUUCGCCGGAUACAUAGACACGUUUCUGAAGUUGAAGCAGGAGGCCAGCGGCUGGCCGGCGGAAUGCGAUGACGAGACAUCUCGCCAACGCUACGUAGAGGAAUACGAGCGCGUCGAGGGGAUCCGCCUGGACGGGUCCAAGAUAGCUAAAAACGCCGGGCUGCGUUCGGUGGCGAAACUUUGCCUGAAUUCGUUCUGGGGUAAAUUCGGGCAGCGCGAUAAUUUACCGCGUACAGAGGUGAUCAACGAGCGGCAGAGGCUCUUGGAGCUUCUCACCGAUCCGGACGUCGAGGUUCACGAUAUUUUGCCCGUAAACGAGCGGAUUCUUUACGCGCGAUGGGGACGUACGGGGGAAAGCGCGAUACCGUCGCCCAUGACCAACGUCGUCUUAGCCGCCUACACCACGGCCCAAGCGCGUUUGAAGCUCUACAGCUAUCUGGAAAAAUUGCAGCGUAGGGUAUUGUAUUUCGACACCGACUCUGUCAUUUACGUGGAGAGCGAGAACACCCGCGACGAAUACAAACCGCCGACAGGGAAUUUUCUGGGCGACUUGACGGACGAAUUGGCGGCUUACGGCCCCGGUAGCUAUAUACGAUCGUUCGUCUCGGGGGGUCCGAAAUUUUACGCCUUUGUAGUGAAACGCCUGAGCGAUCGGGAUGAGGUCGAGGUGUGCAAGGUCAAAGGCGUUACUUUGAACUAUCAGACAGGUCUAAAGAUAAAUUUUCAAUCCGUCCGAAGCAUAGUGACCGACGCCCACGAUCCUAUCACGGUGGAGCGACGCGCUAUCCAGCGCACCAACCUGCAUCACGUGGUAACGCGCACGAUCUCCAAAACGUGUCGCCCGGUUCAAUCGAAGCGUCGGCUCUGUCCAAACAGCUACGACACGCUACCCUUCGGUUACAAGGCGACAUGA